UGAGUGUACCAAAUUCAAGACGGGUGACCCAAAUGCAAUUCUGCCUCAAAAAAAUUGGAUGACCGAAGUGCAUUUAAUUUCCACGUAUACAGAUUAACUAUAUCUCCCACGGCCACCUCUCUGCCAUUUGGUUUCUCCGACGGUCCGACUCAACAAAAAUACUAUGGCAACAGCGACGCUUUCAUCACCAUUUCGUCACCUCAUUCACGACUCGAAUCAUGUUGCUGUCAGGAGUCUUCCCAAGUAUCUCAAAACCGGUGGUGUUGCAGCGCAAGUCAAAAUUUAUUCUAGGACAAUAAUUACUUGCUCGAGUAGCUCUUCCAAGGUUGGUCAGAGAUCGUUAGUAAAGCCAGCGUCUGCUGUUGGCUCAGGUGCUGAUGCAGGUUUAGAGGCAUCAAUUACAGAUCCGAAGGAAAAUGCAGUAAGCAUUAAAAGUGCAGAGAUAGUUGUGGAGUCUGAAGAUGACGAUAAAAUACAAGUAAGAGUGGAUUUGUCGGGGGAGGAGACACAGGUGGUGUUCGAUAAGAUUUUGGCAAACUUAGCACGUACAGCACCACCAGUUCCUGGUUUUCGCAGACAAAAAGGAGGUAAUUAUUUGCACGAUUUUCAAUAGUGAGAACUUGACUGUGUUAGUCAAGCUCGUGGCUCUGCUUCUCCUUUUAUGGAAUACUUGAAGAUGCCACUUGUCUCUCUUUAUGGUUAGCAACUGGGAAAAUUCAUUUCAAGUUGAUAUAUUUAACCAGUAACUAUGUCAAUUAUUCAAUUAUUUUGUUAAAUCUUUUAUGUUCUUCUUUAGUUAGUAAUAAAAAUUAAACCAUCCUCGCUGGAGGACAUAUUUGGCAAAUAGGGUUGCUGACAAAUUACUAAGAAAAAUGCUGUCUAUGCAUUAGCUAAUCUAUUUUGCAGUACAAAACCUUUUGCUUUUAGAUGGCAAAAAAUAUCAGACAAAAAUAAAAUAAGAGAAGCUUAUCAUGAUCCUAUAAUGCUGUCAAAGUUUUUUCGUAGAAGCAAGCAAUGUGAGCGUGGUCAACAGAAAAUCGUCUAUUAUUUUGUCCUUAUGGUUGAACAUUUCUUUCUUUCAUAGGGGGUGAUUGAACUUGUAGAUGAGAAUUUUGAAAAUUUAAUGUGAAGGCUUUCUACCAGUUUUCAUCAUCAGAUUA